AUGAUAGCAUAUAUAUAUUUUUUAGUAAUAAGUUGUGUAUUUUACUUAAAACAAAAUGCCAACGCAGACCAUAUGAAAUAUACAGAUAUGAAAGGACUUGAUGAUUUGUCUCAUUUAAGUAAUGAAAAAGUAAUGGAUAUUUUAGGUAUGAACAUACAGGGGGCUAAAGAGAGAUUAGAAAAGAUAUUUCACAUAAUUGACAAAAAUAAUGAUAUGAUAUUAAGUGAUGCAGAAUUAGAAAUAUGGUCUAAUUUUGUAAAGAAUGAAGUAUUUUUAAAACAAGUACAAGUGGAAAUGAAACAAAUUGAUUCAGAUAAGGAUGGAUUUAUUUCCUUAGCUGAAUUAAAUGAUGCCUUUUCUCAAAAUUUAGAUGAAAAAGAAGUUGAAAAACAUUCUGAAGGAUUAUUAAAAAGAUUUCAAAUUGUCGAUAAAGAUAAAGAUAGUAAAUUAAACAUUAAUGAAGUUGGUUUACUAAUAGAUCCAGUAAAAGAUGAAGAAUUAAAAGAGUUAGAAAUUUCAGAAAUUUUAGAUCAUCAUGAUAUAAAUAAAGAUGGAAAAAUAUCAUUGGAAGAAUUCAAACAAACAAGAACGGAUGAUCCAAACUCUAAAAAAGAUGAUGAUGUAGCACUUGAUGAUUUUAAUUUCUUUGAUUCUAAUAAAGAUGGAUUUAUAGACAAAGAAGAAAUUAUCAAGGUAUAUUUUGACCCUUCUCAUGAAACAGGUUCUAUUAAUAUAAAUGAAAUAAAAGAUGGAAUUUUUGAAGGUAAAGAAAUUAGUUAUGAUCUAUGGAAUGAAAAGGCUUUAAAAAUUGCUGUAACAUCUUUAACUGAUUACGGUGAUAUUAUUAGGUUUCCAGAAGAUUUUAAAUUAGACAUUGGUAAAAAUGUCGUUUUACCAUCAUCGAAAGGUCAUGUUAGUGAAGAAGAAGAUUUAGAUCAAGAUGAAUUAGAAACGGAAGAUAAUAAAAACGAAGAACAAGAAAAUGAUGAAACUGAAGAAAAAGAGCCAACUACUGAUGAAUUAUAA